GAUGAAGAAAUUCGCGAUCCCGAUUGCUGUCAUCAUAACCUCACUGAUUGGGUCGAUGGCCCAGUGUCCUCGCAUCAUAUCCCGGGAGGAUUGGGGCGCUCGUGCUGCCACCAGUGCCGUUCUACCGAACCGUCCAGCUUCGUGGGUUGUUGUGCAUCAUACUGCCGGAGCCCACUGCAGCACCGAUUCCGGAUGUGCUCAGCAGAUGCGCAACAUUCAGAGCUAUCACAUUGACGGAAAUGGUUGGACCGACAUCGGAUACAAUUGGUGCAUUGGAGAGAAUGGAGCCGCCUACGAGGGUCGAGGUUGGGGCCGCCUGGGUGCCCACGCUCCGGGAUACAACGACCGUUCGGUGGGUAUUUGUCUGAUAGGAACCUUUACGGAUGUUGUUCCGAAUGGGGCCGCUCUCCGUGCCGUUCAAUCGCUGAUCCAGUGCGGUAUAUCGUUGGGACACAUUGACAGUUCCUAUUGGUUGAUUGGACACCGGCAGGCUGGGGCUACGGCUUGUCCCGGUGACGCCCUCUUCAGAGAAAUUGGCACUUGGUCUCGAUUCAAUUCGACCGCCUAGGAAAUCUUUUCGAGAUUGAUUUAUUUCGAACCUAUUUAGUAUCUGUAUUUCUAGUGUUUCUCUUUUUCAAGUAAAGUUGGCAUAACCGUUCUUUGUUUCUAUUCGGGAAUUCUCUUUGUUUAAGAAUAGUAAAUCUUUCUUGUGUCGAAUUUGUAAAUACUUUUCUCCUCUGUAACCUCAAACCUAAAUUCAAUAAACUGCCAAUUGAUAGAACUUCAAGCAAUUACAUUCUGGAUCGAAUCUAUUAUAUUUGGGUUUUGUCACAUUUCAGAGUACUGAGGUGUCAGCUAUAUAUACUCAAAGUUAAAUCUUUUGGUAUCUUAUUUCAAAAUCUUUACUUCUUCUAUUUCCAAGAAUAUUUUCCUUUUCUCAUUGGAAAAUUAACUUAAAAAUAAACUAUCUUUGGACAUUUUCUUCUUCCGAAACUUCAAUAGAAACAAAAAGAUCUACCUUGGUUAUCAUCGACCAUUCACUGAUAUUCAUGUCAUGGCAACAUAAAACUUUGAUGUUGUAUGACUUGACUUGACUUGACGUUGAAUAUUGGGCGUUGUAUUCCAAGCCAACUUAUGAAGCCAACAUUUUCAUGCUCCAGGGAAAAAGAUUUGGCUCAAAUGAGGAGGUCAUCGCUGAAACUGAAGCUUAUUUUGAAGCGAAAGAUAAUUUUUUUUAUAUA